AUGGAGCUCCUGGGUCUGGCGCUGCUGCUGCUGGGCUGCCUCUGGGGGUCAUUUGCAGUGGAAGAGUCCUGCGAGGGCCGCUGUGACAAGGGCUUUGACCGCCAGAAAAAGUGCCAGUGUGAUGACCUGUGUGUCUACUAUCAGAGCUGCUGCAGUGACUACUCCAGGAUCUGCAAAACCAAAGCAUAUCAAGCCCAGGUUAACUCUGAGCAUCCCUUUGACGCCUUCACCAGCCUGAAGAACGGCUCCAUCUUCGCUUUCCGAGGCCAGUACCUGUACGAGCUGGACGAGAAGAGCGCCCGGCCGGGCUACCCGAAGCUGAUCCGGGAGGUCUGGGGCAUCGACGGCCCCAUCGACGCCGCCUUCACGCGCGUCAACUGCCAGGGCAAGACCUACCUCUUCCAGGGCAGCCUCUACUGGCGCUUCCACGAGGGCCGCCUGGAGCCCGACUUCCCCCGCAACAUCUCCGAGGGCUUCGCCGGCGUGCCCGACCACCUGGACGCCGCCCUCGCCCUGCCCGCCCAGAACUUCAUGGCCGGCGAGCGCGUCUACUUCUUCAAAGGUGCCCGNCCCCCCUCCGGCGCCGCCGCUCACCGCCCCCCCUCUCCCCCCCUCCCCCCCGCAGGUGAGGCCAGCCGGCCUAGCUUGACCAGCCGUGACUGGCGCGGGCUGCCCUCCCGGCUGAGCGCGGCCCUGCUGGGCAGGCUCUACGUGGCCCGGAGCCCCUCCGGGACGGGCGCCGGCCGCAGCCGGGUCUCCCGCAGGGCCUCCCGCCGCCGCUACCGCAAGAAGUACCCGCGCCGGCAGCAGCGCUGGGGCCGCCGGGGCUCGUCGUCGCCGUUCGCCUCCUCCUUCUGGGAGUCGCCGGACGGGACCAGCUCGGAGUCGUCGGACCGGGACUGGCUGGUCUCCCCCUGCCAGCCCUCGCAGAGCGCCUACUUCUUCGUGGACGACAAGUACUACCGGGUCAACCUGCACACGCGGAAGGUGGACUGGGUGUAUCCCCGGUACCCUCGCCCCAUCGCCAAAUACUGGCUGGGCUGCCCCCCCUCGGAGGACCGGCUCUGA